GUGCGGCAGAACAUGGAAAGGAGGGAGAGUCCAUGGACGACGGGUUGGGCAGCCGGUGUGGUAGGGGGUGCUGCAGCGGAGUGAAGGGAAUGAAAACCCGAGGGAUCGUAGAGAGCGCGGCGGAAUAGAAAAGAAUUGAUCGAUCUCGAGCCGCCGCCUCGGGGAGAGCCAGGUUGAGCCGGGAAGAGGAGCGGAGGGAGUCGGGUGUGCGUGCGCUGAUCAGAGUUGGGAGGGAAAGGAGGGUGGAGGGGAACGUCACCUCGUCGCUGGAAGUGGUCGGGCCAAGCCGACUGAUCGAGAAUUCAGGCAGUGGGAGUGAGGUCUGAAGCGGGAGCUGUUCGACGGAUAUCAAAAUGGAUCGCUAUCAGAGGGUUGAAAAACCCCGUCCUGAGACGCCAAUCAGCGAAAAUGAAAUUCGGAUAACGACGCAAGGGAAGAUGCGGAACUACAUCACGUACGCGACGACACUCCUACAGGAAAAAGGGGCAACGGAAAUCGUUCUGAAAGCGAUGGGCAGGGCCAUCAACAAGACUGUGACGAUUGCGGAAAUCAUCAAGCGCCGUGUAGCUGGUCUUCACCAGAUCACGACAAUUGGUUCGACUGAUAUCACAGAUCUGUGGGAGCCCUUGGAAGAAGGCCUUAACAGGUUGGAGACCACGCGUCAUGUGUCGAUGACGACGAUCAUACUGUCAACGAAGGAGCUGGACAAGACAUCUACCGGGUAUCAACCUCCACUGCCACCAGAUCAAGUGAAGCCAUUGGCGGAAAUCGACUACGAGGGAGGUUCUCCACGGGGAAGAGGAAGGGGUUGGGGCCGCGGAAGAGGUGGUCGUGGUCGUGGAGGGGGCAAAUUUGCGGGGGAGGAUGGAGCAGGAGGAAAUGAUUUUGGGCAUCCGGAUUCAUGGGGUGGGAGAGGGCGGGGCCGAGGCCGCAGUAGAGGCCGAGGCAGGGGUAUGAGAGGCCGAGGCAGAGGUAUCGGAGCAGGUGAACAAGGUCAACAACCGGGACAGCAGGUCCAUGUGGAGGGUCACAUUGAUGGUACAACGUACCAGGAGCAUGCAGUUGGGGCUCAAAACGAGAACGUCGGGCGAGGCAGAGGCAGGGGACGGGCUCGUGGUGGUGGGCGAGGUGGGAGGGGAAGAGGAAGAGGUAGAUCUUUUGCACCUCCUCGCAUGGAUGGAGCACAGCAGCAGAGUGGAGUGCUGAUGGCGAAUGCGUAACGGGGGCAACUGAUUGCGCGCAGGUGUUUGCCGUCGGGGUGUCUCGUUACAGUGCUGGAAUGCGGAAGGGGAAGUUGGAUGGGGAAGAGAGCGAAAAUGGAGGACAGAUGACUUGCUCGUGUGUGAUACUGGGAGGGGGCUACCCCAGUGCAUCCUUUCUGGUGUCAUUUUAUAAUGCGGAAGACUGUGGGUUUUGAAGUCGGUUGCAGCUAUAACACUUUUUGUCUCUUCUACGUGGAAGGGAAGGGGUGGGUCCUCCUGAGGAGUGUGGAUAUGUCAGUUGGUGUGUCAAAACGUGGGUGGUGUGCAUGUAAGGGUGGGUGUUUGUGGGGGCCUGGGGGAGGGAUUGGGGAUGUAGAACAUGGACGGGGGCCUGGCGGCGGAGGAGUCUGUACGGCCUACCCCUCGCUGUCUUUGCACUCCCGUGAGUGACUGUCUCGUAAAAAGGAUGCACGCGUGUCUUUCCAAGAGCGUUUGUGGGGGGAAGAUGGGCAUGCCUCGUUUACUGGACCUGAGCACGGGUCUGAAGGUUCAUUUGUUGUCUUCUGCCUCUUUUGUUUUCGUUCUCCGUUAUUCGAAACUAUUGGUUCUCUUAAAAAUCUGUGGCUGCAGCUGCUGUGUGGGGAAUCGGCAUUAUGUAAUAUCAGGUAUUUGUGUCAUCUUGUUUGUUCCCCUAUUGUUUUGACAAUUGCCAGGCGUCGCCGUUGGUGACAAUUUUUUCCAGACCUGGGUGGAGCUGAUUUUGUUUUUGCAUGCGCAUGCGUGCGUGUGCGUCUGUGCGUGCACUUGGGCAACCACGCGCAGAAAACGUGAGAGAGAGGGAGAGAGAGGGAGAGGAGUUUUUGGGGAAAGAUAGCAUUUGAUUUUGUAGAGCCAACCGUUUGUGGUAAUCAUUUGUUUGAUGGCUCGCUCCGUUGUGAACUGUUCUUUUUUCUCGAUUUUCACGCGCUUUUGCUUUUGUAAAACUUGGUGUUAACAAUUGUUAACAAGUGCUUGUUCAUGUGCGUAAUGAAAAAGCGGAGCGGUGGGUGGAGUGUUGUUCAAUACGCUGUGUACCCUCAAUGGCCGUCAGAUAUUCAGCGAGUCUCAGUGGUACCAAAUUUGGUUCGCGUCAUUGGGGGUGGUGUGUAUCCGAGUGCCUAUUCGGGUUGUGUUUUGGGGGGCGAUUUACGUGUAUCUGAGUGCUUUAUCGUCAAGCAGUGCUAGCGGUGUGUUUUUUUCCUUUGUCUGUUUUUCUGUAGAGCAACCAUCCGCUGGGCGAUCAAUGAUACGUGCAGAAUGCGGCGUUCGAGGAAAAUGAGGAGUCCUCAGCAUAAGGAUUUUGCCUCACAUCAUAAUCUCCAACGGAGAGAUACACCCACCCAGCUGUGUGAGAGAGAAAGACAGGGGACUCUUCUAAUGGUUCGCUGUGUCCUGUAAUUAGUACCAUGCUCUUGGCAGGGCCAACGACCCUCUGGAGAAAGGUGGGAGGGAGACAGAGAGUGAGAGAGAGAGAGAGAGCUGGGUGGAGGGAUUGGCUGUCUGUUCACACACUUCGUGCUGUGUCCUGUGGAAGUCUUGAAGGUGUUACUAUGAC